GCUCAGGCCCAGGACCAAUGAUCAUGGUGAAUUCUUCCAUUCGCAGCUCCUUCUUCUCAUGUUUCUUAUGAAGGAAACUAACCUAAGCAACAAGUAUCCUCACUGAUUCGUAACAGAGGUUCAAUUUUCCUCGCUCCGAUGGCGAGUGCGCGUUACUCUCCGUUCUCUCUCCUCACGCCUCACGCUAACGGACCAACCCCUCCUCGCAUUCCACUUUCUUCAAAACGGCACAGGAAAAACCAUUUGCGGCCCAAAAUUCUGAAAACCCUAACUAAACCCUAUCCACCCACUCUUCCUCUUCUACCGUCACCGCCACAACAGCCUGUAAUCUCCCCUCAGGAAAACAACAACCUCUACGUCGAGAUUGCCGCCGGCGAGACACUUGCCGGAGACAUUGUGGAUAAUUUGGGAGAGGUACAAGUCUCCGAGGCCACCACAAUCGCGGAUAAUUUUGAAGAGUUACAAGUCUCCGACGCCACCGCGAAGGAAAAUGGUGUGUUUGAGAAUGUUUCCGCGGUAGAUAUAUUCAAAUACGGUGGUAUGUAUUUUCUUGGGUUUUUUGUGUUGCAGACGGUUUACACUGUUUGGGUCGCGGGAAAUUACAAUUCCACCCAGAAAGAUGGGGAUUUGGAGGUCGAUGGAAGGGACAACGAGAAUGGGAAAACUGUGUCAUUGCCGGUUAAUGGUGCUAGCAAUGUUUUUGGUGUGGAGGACCAACUUGACAUGGAGAAGAAAAUUGAAGAAAUUAGGUUAAUGGCGAGGGAAGCACGGAGAAUUGAGUUGGAGAAGAAAGGGAAAGAGGAAGAGGAUGAGGAUUUUGAAAUGGAUGAUGAAGGUGCCCUUUCUGGUAAUAAUAGACUUGGUAUUGAGAAGGAGAUUGGUGAGCGCUUGUUAAAGCUGCAGAAUAGGAUAAAUGGUAGUACUAAGGAUAUUUCAGCAGCGUUACAGCAGAUUAAUACUCGUCGGAAUCCUGCUGCUGGAGUGGAUAGGGGUGUUAUUAAGAAUGUGAGUAAGGGAAAUGAGGCAAUGGUGUUUAAGAAGAAGUUUAAGUUUAAAAGCCCUUCAACUAAGGCUACAAAGACUCCCAAGGGGUUUCCAGGGACCCGAGAUUGGAGGGCAUCGAAUGCAAAGAAGAAGAGGGAUUCAGCUGGUAAGGAUUAUGGAAGUGAUGCUGCUGAUCCUGAUAACGCACAAGUGUCAUAUGAAGAUAAACAGGUGAAUCAACAAGAUGAUGGAAGGCAGAAGAGUAUUUCUAGUGUUCCUACGGAAGGAGGAAAUUUCGUUGAUGACGAGUCCAAGGCGAUUCGAAAUCAUGGGAAAAAUUUGAAGGAAAAGAAACCAAAUAUGAAGACAGGGGUUGGAGUUAAAAAUAGAAGCGGUGACAAUGGUGGUGUCCAGGAGACUAAUUUUGGGAUGUCUUCACUUGAAGUAACACAGCCAAGAAAAUUAAGAGAUUCUAGUAUUCAAAACUCUAAGGGUUUUGUGGAAGAAAGCCAGGAAACAAUUGUUGAGAACGAUGGUGUGCACAGUAUAAAUGGUGGUUCAAGACAUGGGUUAGCUAAAAAAAGUUCAGCAGCUAACAGAGUUGAAGUUAAGAAAGCAAAUACCAAGACUGGUAUGUGGUGGCUGAACCUCCGUUAUGUUUUUGUCAUUCUCAUGCAAAGAGAUUCUGACGAAGGAUCAACAGGUCUCUAUAGCUUUAAGUUCUCUUCUAAGGAGCAGGACCUAAGUGAUGAUUCCUAUACUGUUGCUUUUGAGGAUCAUGCUGAUGCCAACAACUUCUGUUUUCUAUUGGAAUCCUUUUUUAAAGAUUUGGGGUCUUUUAGUGCUGAUGCAGUUCCAAUGUCAAUACAAGAACUGAAUGAAGAGAUAAUAUCACGUGCCAAGAAAGUCGUAGUUGUGAAAAAGAGGCAGCUUCAACUCUAUGCUGGACAACCGCUUGCAGAUGUUGAAAUGGCCUUAUGCUCUAUAAUAGAACAGGAUCAAAAUGCGCCGUAGUUGAUCGUCACAUUGAUAUGACUGUUUGUCUGUUACUUUAUCAAGCUGCACAAGAAAUGCCCUUGAUGAAGUCUUAAAGAAACAACAACUCGACCACAAUUGGUGGUCAUGGUAUCUGUGGACACUUGGUGGAAAUAUUGAGUUGAUGGAGCCAAUUGCUGGGCAGAGGUGAUGAAUGCUUUAUACCGACUGAAUCUUGGUGAUUUAGCAUUUCGAAAAUCUUCCUGGUAUUCAAGUUAAAUGCACACGUAUCUUCCAAGGGGAAGUGCCCGUGCUUGAGCCACUGGACACUUACAGAAAUCCUAGGGGUUAUUGGGAGUAGGUGAGGGUGAGGGGGUGGGAUAUGUGGGGAGAUUCAUACGUUAGCUGUAAUGUAAUAUCUGAAAUUUUGAAAAUAAAUUCAAAUUCCAAGGAUAGUAAAUUUGAUCUACUGUCCGUGCGAACUUGAAACAACAAGGAUGAUAUUUCCAGCAUGGAAUAAAUUUCUGUAACCACCACCCGUGUGGGAAGAAAGCGUUUCCAAUUGGUCUUGAAGUUGUAAAAGAAAAUGGCGCAACAAGAUAAAUGGAAUAUACUGCAGCAAGCUGGAUGAAAUUUUUAUUCCAGCAUUUUU